UGUAGGUAUGAAAAUAAAAAAAUUCUUAUCAGCUCGAGAGAAACAAAGAAUGUUAUUGACCCAUAAAUUACAUGGGCUCAUUUAAAAAAGCACGCGAAUAAUCUCUGUGCAAUUAAACGGUUUUAAUUCAACAUGAAAUUCAGUUAUAUUUUGGAUUCCUCUUUAAUCUUAAAAUACUGGAAUAUAUUACCAACAGUUGUACUGAUCUGGUUUGUCUCCAAAUGGUUGUAUUUCAAACUGAAAUACAGAAAUGAAAUUUUAAGAAACUCGGAAGAAGUAAAUGUCCAAUCUAAUUAUUCCAAUGAGAGUUUUGUGUACCACCCAGCACUAGAGGAAAAAGAGCAUGUACCUUAUAGAGGCGCUACAAAAAUAUUACCCGGCGGAGCUUUGCAAUUCUAUCAAAUGAUGAAAGACCGGCGAAGCGUACGUGAUUUUAAAAGAGAGCCAAUUCCAGACCAGAGUGUGCUUGAAAAUUGUAUUCGUGCUGCUGGCACAUCACCAAGUGGAGCCCACACUGAACCUUGGACAUUUUGUUUGAUUAGCAGUGCAGAUUUGAAGAAAAGUAUCCGCGACAUUGUAGAGUCGGAAGAAGAAAUCAACUAUUCUCAACGUAUGCAUAAACAAUGGACAACGGAUCUACGCCCUCUUAAGACGAAUCAUGUGAAGCCUUAUCUAACAGAUGCCCCUUAUUUAAUAUUGGUUUUCAAACAAAUAUACGGCAUGACUAAACAAGGAACACGCAAGCAACAUUAUUACAAUGAAAUAUCGGUGUCUAUUUCGGUUGGAAUAUUACUGUGUGCCUUGCAGGCGGCAGGAUUAAAUUCUUUGGUUACAACGCCAUUAAACUGUGGCCCAGCGCUACGAGUUCUUUUAAAUAGACCAGCCAACGAGAAACUUCUGGUUUUGUUACCCAUAGGAUAUGCCGCAGAAGCUUGCAAAAUUCCUGACAUACAGCGAAAGCCUUUGAAAGAUAUACUCGUACGAUUUUAGGGUAAAAUAAAAAUUUUAAUUAAAAUUCUCCAUUUGAAAUAUAUUAGAAAAAACAAAAAUAGGAGACGUGGAACAUUAACAUGAGCUGUAAAAUCGAAGUGUUUAUAGAAUUUAGUGGGUAUAAAGAAUCAGAAUAUAGGUUAUAAAACUGUUCUUACAUUCUUGUAUUUAUGGCAAAUUUUUGUUUCUUGGAACAACCAAUUAUUUAAUUAUUUUUAAUAAAAAAUAAUUCGAAUAAUUUUGAA